AUGGUUAUAUUCAGAAGCAUUGACCAACCUGGAUCACCAAUAUCUGAGCCAGAGGGGGGAGGGGAUAGAAUCUGACUGAAUCUCGAUAAUGUUCGGUCCAAAAUCCCCGUUGACAGGGAAUUAAAAUAUUGAGCCAGAUAAAUUUGAGGAUUAUAUUUUAAAAAAUGAGAAUAUACAAUAUAUAUUAUAUUAUAUUAUAUUGAAAUGUUGGCAUCUCACUACAGACUGGAAGCACGCUAUCCGUGAAUGCCAUCUUACUAUCGGCAAAUCUCGCAGGGGUGGGGUAUCAUUUGUCUAGAUGCUUCCGAUGCCAGGUAGGCAUUUCCUUUUUUAUAGUAUUUUUUAAAUAAUAAUGUGGUAAGAUAACGGCCAUUUAGUUUUUAAAGUAGUGAGGCAACUUUUUUUCUGAAAAAAAGUUACCGAAAAAGGAAACUACCUAAGCGAGUGGGUCACCCCGACCCUUCCCCUCUCCCAACUGACCCUCCCCCGCUCUCUCUCUCUCUCUCUCUAUCUCGCUCAGCGUCUAUCCGCCCGGCAGUGGGGGCUAUAUAUAGAGAACCACUCUUUAUCAUAACCCCCCUGUGUACUCUCGUCUCCGAUCAGACCUCUCUUCCUCACUCUACCUCAGUCUACCCCGUGCUACCGGCGAAUACCAUGGGUACUGUUCUUCGUCCUGCUUGCUGCUUCUGCUUCUGUCCCUUUUCUUCUUGGUCUGUCUCCUCGUCUUCGUUUAUGUGGAUUAUCCAUCCCUUGACAUUUGCUGCUUUUUCCUUUCUUUGUGGCUUUCUACGCAGCCACAGGGAAGAAGGUUAAGAACGGCAUCAAUGGUGAGUGCAUCGGUGUCCAUCUUUCGGAGGGAUGAUUUCUCCCUUGUCUAGUUCCGAUCAUGCGGGGUCUCCGUUUGAUUUGCUUGGUCUCGUCAGUGCUCUGGUCAUUUAUUCAUAUCUGGUAGGCUUUCAUUCUAUGUGCGACGAAGGGCUUACUCUCCGUUCUUAGGCUUUGGUCGUAUUGGUCGCCUUGUGGCGAGGGUCGCUCUGCAAAGCGCGGACGUCGAGUUUGUCGCCAUUAACGACCCACCCUUUCAUCACCACGGACUACAUGGUAUGCUGUACAGAUCUUUCCUUCCCUUCUAGCUCCUCUGCUAUACUUUGUGUGAUCGAGGAUCUGUUGAUCUCAAGCUGUUACGUUCGAUUUGGUAUUUUUAGUUCGAAGAUGAACUUUCAGAUGAAUGAACGUAACAUUUCUGACUUUUUUCCCCAUAUUUGUACGGAUAAUCGUGAUGCUUUUGCAUGGUUUUUUUUACAUGUUUAUUCAUUUUUAUUUGUCCUUCUUUGCAGACGUACAUGUUUAAGUAUGAUUCCGUUCAUGGGACGUGGAAGCAUCACGAGCUGAAGGUUAAGGAUUCAAAGACCCUUCUCUUCGGUGAGAUGUCGAUCACCGUUUUUGGGAUCAGGUAACCUUCUGGUUUUCUGCUUUACGUUUCACUUCGUCGUUUUACCGGGCGUGUUUAUCACUUCGUCGUUUUGUUGCUCUUUUUAUGCAGAAACCCCGAAGAGAUUCCAUGGGCUGAGGCUGGUGCUGAUUAUGUUAUUGAAUCAACUGGUGAGUUGACUGACAAGGAUAAGGCUGCUGCUCACUUGAAGGUCUGUUCGUAUCUUUUGCUAUUACUAGGAACGAAUGUCUGUUGUGAUUUUAUUUUCUCGCACGAGUAAUUAUGUUUCAUGUAAUAUGUCUUAUUGCCCUCGUCCUUUGGAUCAUGAUAACGAAUUUAUCUUAUUGACGUUAUGGUUGUAUGAUAUAUCACGGAGGGUAGCAGUCGUUUAGUGUAUAUAUAUGAUUAUUUUUUCUUUUCUGUCUUGUUGUGUCCCCUUCUAAUUUCUCCACGAAGACAUUAUUGUGAAUCAAAGUAACCUAGUGGCUAAUAUGCAAGAUUUCGAUUGAGUGUUUAUCUGUUAUUUUUCUAUGGUUUUGAAUUGGUGUAAUAUUAACUCUUUUUUUUUUUUUGUAAAGCCUUACUGCUCGGAUAUGGUGUGAAACGUUGACCACGGGCGUUUUUGUUAACAGGGUGGUGCCAAGAAGGUCAUCAUCUCGGCUUCCAGCAAAGAUGCUCCCAUGUUUGUGGUUGGUGUCAAUGAGAACGAGUAUAGGCCUGAUAUGGAUAUCGUUUCCAAUGCCAGCUGCACAACUAACUGCCUGGCUCCUCUUGCCAAGGUGAAAGUGUUCUAUAUCUUUACGGCUAAAUUCGUGUUGUUUUUUUCAAUUCCAUUUGGACGGGUGUUGACUUUGGUCCUUUUUCCUGUUGGCAGGUUAUUAAUGACAGAUUUGGCAUUGUCGAGGGUUUGAUGACCUCGGUGCACGCAGUCACCGGUGAAUAUCGAUUAAUGUUACCCUACUGCUUUUGGUUGGCGUAAGAUCCUUGGUGUCUCAUCCGUUCAUUCUCUAUUUUUACAGCUACCCAGAAGACAGUUGACGGUCCUUCUGCCAUGGACUGGAGAGGUGGAAGAGCCGCAUCGUUGAAUAUCAUUCCCAGCAUAACUAAAUCUGCAAAGGUGACUAAAUCUUUAAUUUGUUAACAGGCUGAUCUGGGCUACUGUAUUUUCAGGGUGUUUAUCUCCCAAUGCUGUUGUUUUCGAGAGCUUGACCCGUUUGAAUAAUCUCUCAAAUGAAGACUGCACGCCAUUCAAAGGGUUUUGAACUGUGGCGAAGAACAGUUGUAACUCUUCUCCUCUUCUUCUAUUCCACAGGCUUUCGGGAAGGUGCUUCCCUCCUUGAACGGGAAACUCACCGGUAUGGCAUUCCGAGUUCCAACUGCCGAUGUAUCAGUUUUGGAUCUCACCGUCCGCCUUGAGAAGGCCGCAACCUACGACCAGAUCAAGGCCGCUAUCAAGUAAGCCCCCAUCCAUUGUGCCCGUCACCAUCCUUCUUCGUAUAGGCAUCCAUUGUGUUCGGUUUUUAUCAGAGAGAUCAUUGUACUCUGUUUUCUUCUCUUCUAGGGAGGAGUCGGAGGGCAAACUCAAGGGUAUCUUAGGGUACGUCGAUGAGGAUCUCGUCUCCACCGACUUCAUCGGUGACAGGAGGUAUCAUCGGAAAAAGAAAAAAGCUUUACUAUUACCCUUCUGUAAUUCAUUGUAUUCACGCUGAAUUAUUCCAUGCGUACCAAAAAAACGUAGGUCGAGCAUCUUUGACGCCAAGGCGGGCAUUGCCUUGAACGACAACUUCGUCAAGCUCGUGUCCUGGUACGACAACGAGUGGGGCUACAGGUACAUCUCUGAACACCGCACCCAGAAGCAAAACCCUAAACGCUUCCCCUCCUCUCCUCCUCUCCUCCCCUUCGAAAUGCAUCCUGCUGCCGCAUGUAUCUAUAUAUACAUAUAUAGAAUGCCGUUUGAUUUGAGGUGGGUGGUGGACGUAUGUUUACCGUCUGGAGGGGGGGCUAUUUCUCUAUUCGUUGGCGCGCGUGCAGCUCGCGCGUGGUGGACUUAUUGCGCCAUAUCGCUGCCACCCAGUGA